AUGGCUGGCGAUACGACGCUCCUGGAACUGCAGGCGACCGGAUUCAGACUCCGGAAAACACACAAGAAAUCUAGGGACGGUUGCCUCAGAUGUAAGCACCAGCGGAAGAAGAACCCUUUCAGUGAUGGCAACGUGUCAAUGGAGCAGGGAUCGACUCAACUCCCUGUUCCCAGUUUGCCUGUCUCCCCACCGAUUCCCAGUACUGUAGUCCCGGACUGUGUGUCGCCGUUAGCACCUUCGAGUGAUCAGUCCUCGGUUCCCAGUCCUUUGUCUGGUGAACAACCUGCCUCCUUUUCAAGUCUGAGUACGGAUGAAAGACCACCUUUCAAUAGGCACACUAGGCACACUCCUGGUACUCUUGAUACGAUAGAACUCGGUCUCUUGAGCCACUACCUCACGCACACCAGCCGAUCUAUACCUGUCGAUGAUCUUGAUCUCUACGCUCUUUCGGUAGGGGUGCCAAAUCUUGCUUUCAGUUCCGAUGUGGUCAUGUCAUCCUUGUUAGCCCUGGCAGCAGCUUGCAAUUCGCACGAUAUAGCUAAACGAGCCCAAGCGCGUCUGGACCCCCAGACCCUAAUGGAUAUUCAGAAGCUACUUGCGCUUGCGGAGCGCCAUCACCAGGCUUCCCUGCGCCACAUACAAACGACCAUGCAGAACUCGGAUUCGUACGAUCACGUCCUUGCAAACGCAGCAUUGAUGGUCUUGUACGCCUCUGCUAGCCACUCCAUCCGAGUGCAUCUUGCGGCCGCUGCAAAAAAGUGUAGGCAGCGGCUGCCAAAUGAGGUGCUUCCGCAACACUCACAAUGGAUCUCAUUCACACGCGCUGCCCAUACAGCGUCGACUGCAAUUCUCAACGGUCUUGUGGCCGGCGCAGAUGAAAUUUGUACCGCCACCUCCAGCCCGAUUCUAGAUGCACGAUCAGAAUUACCGAGUCUGGGUUCUUGUAGUACAGAUGGUUUAUCACCAGAGGAUGGUCCAUCCGAGAACACGAAGCGCCUAUUUCUGCCUCUAGUCGCAUCUACAUUUAAUCGAGCUCUUGAGAGUCUACGCAGGAGAGCUGAAUUGACAACCGCUCUUUUGAAAAGGUCCGAACUUUGUGCAGCCGACUCACUACAGCUACAGGCGUGCUUGGAAACUGUAUCCGUACUUGAGAGAUGUGCAUGUGCAGCUCUGUCCAGAAGAGAAGGUAGCACAAGCGUCGAGCCACCAAGAUAUCAGCCAACAUCAGGUGGUGGAUUAUGUAGAGUCUCACCAUGGGUCGCAAGAUACAUGAUCAGUGUCACUUCGAUGGAGUCGCCGCAGAUACUCCGACGGAUCAUCAUGUCUUUUCUUAACAAAGCACCGGCUGAGUAUCUUAAUCUGGUCCAGUCAGUGCUUGAUUCACCCUCCGCGGAGGCGAGGGCUGAGAAUUGGAUGGCACGAGACUCACCCGGGACGGAGGUACCGCUGCUCGACGCGGCGCAUUUACUAGCAAUGGAUAUCUUUGCCCAUUGGCUGGUCCUUGUUAUUUUAUUGGAUGGCGUCUGGUGGAUUAGUGAUAUUGGAGAGUGGGAGCUUGGCCAGGUUGUAUCAUUAAUGAAGACUCAGGAUCUGCCGAGCCAGUCAGCAGAUAUUGGACAAACGUGGUGGCCCGAGACCAUGUACUUAGUUAAGCGGGAGCUAACUCCUAGUGCCUCGCACUGGUAG